CGAAAAGGAAAAUUAAAUACAUAGAAAGAAACGAGGUACGGCCUAAGCCGGGGCAUUCAGCAUUUCUGACCCAGGCCGUUCAUAGGUUCAAGAUCACCUGGCCGGUUCAAUUUUCGGUUUGAACCAAUCUGUCCCUUCCCGUAUAUAAUUACAACCCUAGCAGAAACAAGCUACGAUCGAGUUCCGAAAGUCGAACAUGCAGAAACGAGCGAAUCGAGACGGCGGCUACGGCUGGCGGAAGAAGGCGACCGACGGGAAGGAUCGCCUGAGGAAGAGGAACGAGCAGCGGUUGGGAGGGAAAGGCCUCUCGCUCGAAGCCUUCGCCAACGCCAAAUCCAGGUCCUCCUCCGUCUACAACCCCGCCCUCAUCAAAAAACAAAGGGAGUUCUACAGGAAUGCCAAACUUGUGAAUAAGUACAAGAAAGAAGUUAAGCAAGAAAACAUCUCCAGUCAACAUCUGCCAACAACUUUAGAUGACGAGGAAGAUCAAACUGAAAAUCAGCAGAUGCAAAGUAAAACAAAGAAGAAGACUUUCAGAAGCUUAAAAGAAGAGUAUGAGAAGAAGCAUGCUGAAGAUGAGAAAGCCAGGAUUGAAAGAGAGGUAAUCAUUCAAGCAAAGAAUGAAGAGAGAGCGAAAAAUGAAGCCAAAAGGAAGGCACAGAGGGAAAAGAUGUUUAAGAAGACCCGAUUCGGUCAGCCAGUUAUGAAAUACAGAAUUGAGCACAUCUUAGAAGGACUACUUGAAAGUUCUAAAAAGCAGGCAUAGUAGAAAGGGUGUUUAAGAGGUCCAGUCGUGUCAAACGUGAUGUUUAAGAAGACCAGUCUUGUUAGACGGUUGUGAAAUACAGAGUUGAGCACAUAUUAGGACUACUUGAGAGUUCUAACAUUAGGCUUAUGUUUCUAAAGUUUCUGGAUCAAAAUGUUGCUCAACUGGUUUUGACUGUAAUGUAUUGUGUUAAAAGAUUUCAUAUGAUCCUGAUUCCUUAGUCAGUAAA